AUGUCGUUUUUCAACACCUUCAAAGGGUUUGGCAGAAGCAACAAGAAGAAUAAGAGCCAGAAUGGAGGCACAUCUGCCACACCUGUGAAUUCCGUUUACACCAACUCUCAUGGCAGCAAUUCAAAGCUUUCGUUGCGUCAGAUGCAAAUGCAGGCGUCGCCCGUCAGGCAAUCUGCGAGUUCCCAUAAUAGUGGGAACCUUCAAAAUCAAGGUUUUCAACCUAAUGGCACUACUACUUCACCGGCAGUACGCGAAAGUCCAAAGACUCAGCAAGCACUAUUUUUAAGUGAGCCCUUCGUCAGAACGGCUUUGGUCAAAGGUUCCUUCAAAACUAUAGUGCAACUUCCGAAAUACGUGGAUUUAGGCGAGUGGGUAGCUCUGAAUGUUUUUGAAUUUUUCACCAAUCUUAACCUCUUUUAUGGAAUUGUGGCCGAGUACGUUACGGCAGACGCUUAUCCAACCAUGAAUGCCGGCCCACAUACCGAUUAUAUGUGGCUUGACGCUAACAGCAGACAAGUUUCGCUGCCGGCGGGCCAAUACAUCGAUCUCGCCUUGACCUGGAUCAAUAAUAAAGUCUCAGAUCAAACACUCUUCCCCACACAGAACGGUUUCUCUUUCCCGCCUAAUUUUGUUCAAGAUAUCCAAAGGAUAAUGGUUCAAAUGUUCAGAAUCUUUGCACAUAUGUACCACCAUCACUUCGACAAAAUCAUACAUCUGUCGCUGGAGGCGCAUUGGAACUCAUUGUUCGCCCAUUUUGUGAGUUUUGCGAAGGAGUACAACCUGAUAGAUCGGAGAGACAUGAGCCCGCUGGAGCCAUUGAUAGAAAACCUUGAAAAACAGGGUAAGAUCAUCUGA